CAACAUUGUGACGUGCCUAAACCGUGGUCUUCAGCCUCGCCUCGUAGCCUUGCAUGAAAGUGUGGGACUAAAUUUCACUCCCAAGCACCCUCCAUCAGCAGCGAUUUCCCAGAUAGUUGAUUUCGAAUGGUCCCAAAGCCGCAAGUUUUGUUACAAAAUUGAUGACACAAUUUAUGCUGGGAUGAAUUGAGCAGAAUCUUCCUUGAGCUGAGGAAGCUUGGAGUCAGUAACUUACAUCGCAGCGGGGAGUAAAUAUGGAAUCGUUACGGCAAAGGGCCCUCUGGGGCAGCACGAGGGUAUAUGUGUGUUCAACACGACAGUCUUUGGGAGGCUAUGCAUGCCGGAGGAAUCUCAGCCAAAGCACAACUCUGAAAGCCGCGAAAUUGUCGAAAGGAAAGCCAAAGCCUCCAAAGCCUCAGAAGCCUCAGAAGCCCUCUCCCGCGACAACACCCAAGAAGCAUAAUGAAUACAAGCCGCACACUCCCAAGUCUGCCAUUUCGAAGCCCAGUCCUCAAACCUCGGCCGUCAAGCCCAAUACGAAUCCGAACCCUUUCAAGCACCGGAUUAUCCCCAUGUUCUUCGGGGGAAUCGCUCUAGCAUGUUUCUCAGGUGGAUUAGCAUAUCUGUAUAUCAUGUUCAACCAGGAAGGAGAUGGGCCGAGCAAGACAACACCUGAUGAGCAAGAAGAUGUCUCGAAACGGUACGAUCAAAUCGCGAGGACAUUCGACGACACAGUAGACUCUACUGAGUCAAUGAUGGGCAUAUCUUCUCUGCGACAGAAACUAGUAUCGCAGGCUGUAGGCGACGUCCUUGAAGUAUCCAUAGGGACAGGCCGGAAUUUAGAAUUCUACUCGUUCGAUUUCAAGGGCUAUCAAGGCGUGGGGAAGGUUGAUGAAAAGGGACUUAUCAAGAAAGGAAAGGUUAGGAGUCUCACGGCCGUGGAUAAGAGUGGAGAGAUGCUGGAGAUUGCUCAUGAGAAAUUUGGGAAGAUGUUUCCUGGCAUUCUUGGGGUGAGAUGGGUCAUAGCCGAUGCGGCUGAGAAAGGAGCGAUUCCUGGACCGCCGAGAAGUGCUAGUGAGCGGAGUGGGAAUCUGGAGAAGAAAUACGAUACUGUGGUGCAGACUAUGGGUCUGUGCUCUGUGAGUGAUCCGGUCGCGCUGUUGAGGAACCUAGGGGAGUGUGUGAAAGAGGAUGAGGGGAGGAUAUUGCUUUUAGAGCAUGGGAGAGGAAAGUGGGAAUGGCUGAACAAGUACCUGGAUAGGUCCGCUGAGGGUCAUGCAAAGCUGUAUGGAUGUUGGUGGAAUAGAGACAUGCGGACAAUUGUCGAGGAGAGCGGAUUGGAGGUCGUCAAGAUCGAGACGCCAAAAUGGUGGCAUGGCGGCACCACUUGGUGGAUCGAAUUGAAAAAGCCAAAGACUAAAGCAAGUCCCUCGGCCUCCCAAGCAAAUGAGAAGACGAAGUCGGCUUUGCCAGAAGUUGAAGCAAACAGGAAGGAAGAGCCGGUGGCCAAAUCAAAGAAGGGCUGGUGGUAGACCUUUCUAGCUGUAAAACAAGCGUAUUCUAAUGAAUUGGUUCUUAGAAAAGCUUGUCAGCCAAUAAUAUGUAUUCAUCGUAGAACUCUUCGUUCUGCUGUCCAAUCCAUGAGGCUAUCUCACCACUAAGAUGCGAGUGUUCAACGAGCAUAAAGGUGGUAAACAAGCGAGGGUGGAUCGACCUCAGGUAAACAAAGCUCGCUUGCAUGGUUUACGCCAAAUUCCAAGGUGUUGGAAAAGCCACGACUUCGAAAAAGAUGGAAUUUAACAGCAUUUACGAAGGAAUCAAAUCAAAUGCUGGUGACUAAAUAAUGAACGCGAAAGAGAGUUGACCGCCUGAGUAACUCAUUCCUCCUCCUCAGCCGCGUUCGCUGAGAGUGACUUUUUUUUUCCAAUCGAUUGCAGAGUUUGCAAGGAGCGAAGAUUUGUUCAAUUCAGCCGCUGAACUUAGUAGAUCGAGCGGGUCAAUUAGAAUAUAUUCCUGAAGUCUUAUACAACCUCUAGGGAUCCUACAAAAGCGAGCUAGACAACCUAACACGAUACUUGAGAGGGAAUUCUGGAUUACUCUAAAGUGUUGUAUCCCAGUGUUUUACUAAAGUUUGCUCCCCUUCCUCAACUCAUCCUCCAGUAUCAAGCCAGGCACUCCCCCUCGACUCCCAUCCAUAGUAACACAAUCAUCGACGCACUCCGCCGGCCAUUUCCACUUCUCCUUGAACUCCUCAGGACACUUGCCCUCCACGCAAUCCACAAUCCGAUCGCCAAUAACAGGCAGGAAUUUAUACCCAUGGCCACUCCCUCCUGUUGCUAAGAAUAGCCCUUCAUAGUCAGGGUGAUACGUGAUGAUGAAAUCUCCAUUCGGUGUAUCCGUGUACCAGCAAAUCUUGCUCUUGGUAAAUGGCCGUUCGGCGAGUGAGGGGAUCAUUUCUCGCAGGGCUUUGCGACAUGCUCUCUCGCCUUCUUGAGGAACCCAGAGGUUUGGGUCGUCGUGGGUAGUUUUAGGUAGCGAAACAGAGAUUUUCUCAGAUGGGUCAUCUGGAGAUGGUAUUGACUUAGGAUUCGAAAGCCCAUACCCGUGCCGCGCUACUUUGAGAACCCGGUUUGAAGGAGGAAUGAUGAACAUGCCUGUACUCAUAUUGAGUAAUACAGGA